AUGGCCCUGGGGAGCCAACAAGGGCCAACGACUUACUGUGAAACGCAAGCGGACAGGGACGAUGCCAAGGGGACAAGCCAAAGCCACGACGAUUUCGAUUCCCUCUUGGAGCCUCUCCACUUUUCGCGCCAAUCAAAAGUAUCUGGAGAGGCAGAAUAUGCUUGCGCUAAGGGUGACAGCAAGGAAAGGCCUUUUGUCGCUCGCAUAGGAGAGCAGCUGUUUUCGUUGGCUCAACUCGUCCAAUCGAUUGGAGUUAGGGCCGAAAGGCAAGCGAAUGAGGGAUCUAGUGAAAGCCAGUCAGCCCCAGACCCGCAAACAGCACACCCGCUGAAGUAUUUGCCGCUAGCAGCCGGCGUCCUGACGUGCAUCUGGGGAUGGCGGGUGGCUAGGUCAAUAGAACGUGUGGUAGCACUCCGUUACUCGGACAUCGCCUACCAGAUUCGCCGGCCUGAUGCUCUAACUUCCCGCAUAAGUGCUUUCAAGUUCCUCGUGCUAGGUGGACUCGUGCUGCCGAGUUCGGCAGUUGCGUUUGCCAGCUGGCAGUCCCGCAUGAAACCUGUAGAGCCAGCUGGCCUCUCGAAAGCGUCAGAAGACAUGCACACGACAUCUCAAGAGCUGCCGUCUCCUAGACGAUUGCUUCUUGGGGACAUGUUGCCCGUAGCAACGCAGGCUGAGCUGCGUCGACUGGCGCAGUCUUUCCAUAGGGGCUUCUCGGAGUUCGUAGAAGCUGUCGCCCCGUCCAAGGAAAAAUGGGCAAAGUGGGCGGCUGGGGCUAGGGCGUCGCACACGACAGGGCUGCACAAUCCAUCGGCGUGGACUUCACGCAUACCAACAUUUACUUUGCCAGAUUCAAAAGCUGCCGACUGA